AUGCGAAGACAACAGGCUGAAGUUAGCAAAGGAAUGAGAGGCCUAGUGUAUGCUGUCGAUGACACGAUUUCUCAUAAUAACGCUGGCACGCAUGCAGAGAAAAUGGAAUGCACCCAGGCAGACAUGGAGGCUGCUGCCGCUGUAGAUGUCGGAACAGCCAUACCAAAGAGCCUGAUGCCCACAGGAAGGAGAUUGGUGUAUAGUGAAACUGCGAAUGGAGGAGAUGUCCAUGAUGGUUCUAACAUCAACACUGACAACGAUAUUUCCCGCGCUAUUAAUGAUGACACCAAGGAGACUUGCAUCGCGCUCGCCCUCGUUGAAAAACUGAAGGCACAGCAAUGGUGA